CUUCCCGGGGGCCCCCGCGGCGCCGCUCUAGCCCGCCGCCGCGCUCUAUGGCGCUCCGCAGGGCCUAGACGGCGGCGGCCGGCCAAGAUGGCGUCGGCGGUGCGGGCUGGGCACCGGCUGCGGCGGGCGGCGGAGGGCGGCGAGCUGGCGGCGCUGCCCGCCGGCCUACAGGCCGAGCUGGAGGCGGCGCUGGCCUCCCAGGGCGCCCUGGUGCCCUUCAGCCUGCUGCGGAGGCUGCACACCGCGCUGCGGGAGGCAGGGUACCCCCUCUACCUGCACGAGCUUCUGGAAGGCUGCGAGAUCGACCUGCCCGAGGUGCUGGUGCCGCCGAGGAACCCCGAGCUGGUGGCCCGGCUGGAGCGGAUAAAGGCCAAGCUGGCCAACGAGGAGUACCGGCGGAUGACCCGCAACGUCACCGGCCAGAUGAACGGGACAUUGGCUGAGUUUGGGAGGCAAGUUCGAUCUGUUAAAGCCGUUGUCAUCACCAUAUUCAACUUCAUAGUCACGGUGGUGACCGCCUUUGCCUGCACGUACCUGGGCAGCCAGUACGUCUUUGCGGAGACUGCAGCGGUGAGUGAGCCCGUGGCCUCGGAGCAUGCUUGCGGCAUGCCCUGUGCUGGCCAGGCAGGAGCAGCAGCUCGACCGCGUGCGCAGGGUCGCUUAUCUCUCUCUUUGUGUCCCCAGCGCGUCCUGUCAGCGGUAAUUGUGGCCUCCGUGGUUGGCUUAGCUGAGUUGUACGUAAUGGUGCAGACCCUUGAAGGGGACCUUGGGAAACUCUAACUGCACAUGUCCGUGUGAACUGCAGCCCUCAUGCUGGAGGCUUUUGCCCUCCCCAGGAGUCACUGGGGAAGGUUUAUCUUCUAUGAUGUUAGUACCUGCUGCUGCUACCAGGAAGACUGCUGCAUUCCUCCAGCCUCCUCCUGUGCUUCCCGCUCCUUAACAUUCCUGAAAUGAAUCAUGGAUUAAAAAUCUUGCAGCUGCAGAACAGAAGAGGAACAGCUGUGGAUUCUCACCACUCCAGCACAGAGAGGGGCCUUAGCUCCCACCAUUCCUCUUCUCCUGUGAAGUUACCGUCCUUUUAUUCUGGCAAUAAAUAACGUGUGUUUGCAACCUUCCUGCCUGACGGGAGAUGGCGGUUGCUAUGUAGAACACCAGCCUGGUGUCUGAAAGACACCGCAGAGAGCUGUGAAUCUUCCCUCUCCCGCUGCAUCCUACUCCGUCGUCCCCUGCUGAAGCCUCCCUUUGCCUGCCCUCACUGCUCCUGCCUGCUCCCUUGCCCACUUUCAGGAGAGUGUUAUUCCCGAGUGACGCGGAUGCAGCACCCGACCCAGCUUGUAUCUGGGGGCGAGCUCUUUCUCCCUCCAGCCGGAUCAGGAAUUGGAUGACAUCCGGUGAGGCCACAUUGGCGUUGGCACCCGACUGGGCUUUGCAGCAGCUCGGUUUCCUCGCCGCCUCUCCUGACACGCGGCCCUGUGGCUGUUGGUGUCUUGGGGAGGAGCACGAGCCGUGGCUGCCUGCCCGUGCCAUGGCAGAGCUCCCCUGGCAGACGGGGCAACGAGGGGUGCAUGGCUCUGCCUUCCCCUGCCACAGGGUGCCCAGCUUCUGUGGGUGGGGAGGGGACACACCUUAACGCAGAGCCUGGGGGCUUCUCGAGUGCCACGGAGGAGCAGAGAGCGGAGGGAGCCAGCUCAGUGCAUCCGUGGUGGGGAGGGGACACCGAGGUUUGUACCGCCCAGCCUGUGGACCUGGACACCUGCUGGGUGGGCACCCUGCCAGGGUCGGACACGGUGAUUAAUGCUCUGAUGGCAGCUAAGCCCCUCUGCAAACACGCUUUAAUAUCUGAUACAGGGAGAUCUGCCGGCACCUGCAAACGUGCCUGCGGAUUAGGGGCGGCUACACCACAAUCAUCCGUGGAUACGGCCUUAGAUUAAGGUAUUUUUUCCAAAAGAUUAGUCGGUAUUAGGGGCUGAUGGGGAGCCGGCCCCGCCACGGCUGCACCGG